GUUUUCAGCUUGAUUACUUGAGUGGGCUGUAGGCAUAUUUAUACAGAUGCUAACCGACUAUCUAAGUCGGCAAUUUACUUGGACAAGCCAGUUGCACAGUAACUGACUUAUCUAAAGCAUUUUCAGCGACAAGUUAGUCCUAUAAUUCUAGAAUUCUCUAGUUACAAUUACAAUAGAUAAUUAUUAAGAUGGUUCUAGUAAGAGUUAACCAACCUUUACUUAGUAAUUCUCUCAAUUAUUCUAGAAUUUUCUAGUUUUAUCCCACAAGUGUGCAUUAAUGUUUUAACAUUACAGAUGCUCUGCAGAAGCUUCUAAUAGGUUUUUGUUGCCUAGGAUUUUGGGUUUAGGGUUUCUCUUUCAGUGGUGAUUAAUAUCAGAAAUGUUCUUUUUUUUUUCUUUCUUUUUUUUGGGUUUUAAGUUUCUUUAAAAUUUCCCUUUACUUAAGGACAUGUUCAAAUUUCCGUCAUAUUUCAUGACGGAGUAAGUUCGUGUCCCCGACGUGGAGGGGUAUUUUGGCCGGAAUCGGAUGGAAUUUGACAGUGUAAUGUGGGUUUGAAACUACAGGAUAAAAUUGGCAGAAUUGAAACUAGGCCGACCAAAAAUUACUUCUUGCCUUUUUUUUAAGUGCAAAGUUAAUUCAAGGUGCCAGAUAUACUGAGAAAAAAUAUUGCCGUUGUAAGCAGAAGUAAAUUCAAUAAACAUGACAAGUAAUCCUCAGUCCAAAGCUAUAAACUUAGGUAUUUAUCAAAACAAGUUCUAGCUGAUGGCUUUGAUUAUAAAUUCGGAUUGAUUAUGGAUGAGUAAAAGGUAUCAUUUGCUAUGAAGAAUGAAAUUUCGUAAGAAAAUUUGAAAAUUUGGUGUUAUUCGUUUUAUUUAUUUAUUAAACAUGACUUUUUUGAGUAGCUUACUCCAGCAAUUGUUUAUUUCGAGUUUGUUUUUGCAAAUUUGAGAGCCGUUGUCUUAACUAUUCACCAAUUAGUUAUGAUUUUAGUGGUAUUUCUCUUCUCAAUAUUGAACAAGGUCCCAUGUUCGAAUUCCCCCCCUCUGUCAUUGAAAAAAGAAAAAAUAAUAAUUUAUAUGCUCCUUUCUUAUAUGUUCAUUGUUCUAUGUGGCAGUUGGUUUUUGAACUUCCAUUUAUAAGAUUCCUUACUCUUUGUUCUGAACUUUCUCAGCUAGCUAACAUGGAGUUUAAGAGGCUAAAACCAGCUACAUAUUUAGUUUAUCGCUGUCAGCCAAUUGGCAGGCUGAAACGGCUUGAAAGGAAUUUCGAAUUGCUUAUACAAAUAACUGAAUGUUUGUAUAGCAUGAGGGAUACCAUCAACGAGGAGGUAACCAAAGAACUGAUGUGGGGUAAGGCACCAACUUUGAAAUGCAAAAAAUGGCUUGAAAAGGUGGGAGAAAUUGAAGAUCAAGUGAAUGACAUGUUGAAGAUACAGGAGACGAGUUCUGACCUUGUGAUUCACUCGCACGUCGGUCUACAUCAGCAUCUGAUGAGUAUGCUCAAUAAGAUUACUGAUCACUUGGAGAAAUCUCCAGGUGCACAUGGUUCAAUGGCUUAUGUACCUCCUGGACAGAGUAAAACAGUAACUAGUCCAAUACUUCAUGGUGAGGCAUAUGGACUGGUACCACCAGAUAACAAGAAUGUGAACUUGCAAAGGAGAGCAGAAGCAAAAGGAGAAGCAAAUGUGGAGAUUGAAAUGUCACCAACACAAGGGAAGGAAGCCGUGAAGGGUAAAGAAAUACAAGAAGGUAAAUAUUUGGAGACCCAAGCAACAGCAACAAGAGCUGCAUCCAUAUUCUAUAGAAAGAGCCUGCUGGGGUUUAAAUUUGGGGGAGCAACCACUGAAAUAGGUAACCCACAAACAGAGAACAAACGGCUUCAGGCGGGGGCUAUAUUGAAAAAAGAUUUUAAGAAAUCAAGCAAGACUAUCAAUCAGAUAGAAGUUGAUAAUAAUAUUCCUUUGCAAAAUGAUGGACGUGAGGCACUGCUUGAAUGGGGAGUUCAUAGCAUAUCAAUUGAGCGGAUGCUGCACGAGAUCUUGGGAUGCAUGAAUAGUGUCACAAUUGGUAGAAUUGCCAUUUAUGGAAUGGGUGGGAUUGGCAAGACUACUGUGCUGAAAGCCUUGGCCAAUCAUGUUGAAAGAAAAAGCACGUUUGAUAAGGUCAUUUUGGUGACUGUCUCAAAACAUUGGAGCACAAGAAAGAUUCAAAAUGAAAUUUUAAGACAGUUAUCAAUGUGCGUACCAGAUUCUGAAACUGAUUCCAGGGUUGCAGAAAAAUUACUUCAAGUUUUAAAUAGCAGGAAGUUUUUGCUUCUUCUGGACGAUGUUUGGGAGUGUUUAGAUUUAAAAGCAGUGGGCAUUCCUGAUUUGAGCUCAGAAAAUGGUUUUAAGAUGAUACUGGCUACCAGAAUACGGGCUGUUUGCAUUGAAAUGGUUGUGAACAGGGUUAUUGAAAUGGAAACUCUCUCUAGAGAAGAAGCUUGGGAGUUGUUCUGUGAGCAGGUGGGUGCAGUCGUUCAUUUUCCAUCUGUCCAACCUUAUGCCCGAGCCAUUGUUGAGGAGUGUGGGGGUUUGCCGUUAUUGAUCAUUGUCACCGGAAGAGCCCUGACAGGUGUAAAUGAUGCUUUAGUGUGGAAGCAUGCAUUGAGCGAACUUUUAUUACCCAGCACAAAUGCUGUAUAUGACACUGAAGCUGUUAUGCAACGAAUGAAAUUCAGUUAUGACAGAUUGAGGGAUUGUGACAUAAAGAGUUGCUUCCUUUAUUGCGCUUUUCUUUCAGAAGAUCAGGAGGUUAAUAUUUAUGAGCUGGUGAAAUAUUAUAUCCAAGAAGGUUUGAUUUCUGGGAAUUGGGAUGAUGCAUGUAAGAGGGGACAUGAGAUAGUUGACAUUCUUGUAGGUGCCUCCCUAUUGCAGAGUACCAAGGGCGGUCUGUCCAUCAAAAUGCAUGCUAUGGUUAGAGAUUUAGCAUCAAUGAUCAUAUUAUCAAAGGCAGAACGUUUGCAGUUUCUGCUAAGACCUUAUUUAUUGUACAGGCCACUUGAAAGCCCCGAAAGUAAUAGAUUGUUGAUUGAUGAAGGUUGUCAGUUCUUGUCGAAAAGUGGUGCAGGUCUGAGGGAGUCGCUACCAGUGGAGAAAUGGGAACAAGCCAAGAUGAUCGCUUUGAUGGAUAAUGAGUUAUCCAGUCUACCUGAAAAUCCAUGCUGCCCUGAUCUUUUAAUUUUGUUCCUUCAAAGGAACAGAUGUCUAAGAGUGAUCCCAGCAGCCUUUUUUGAUCGCAUGCCUUCUCUCGAAGUGUUGAACCUAUCUAACACCAGAAUAAAGUUCUUGCCACAGUCAAUCUCGAAUCUGAAAAGGCUUAAAAUUCUUAUUUUACGCAGUUGUGAGCGCUUAGUUGUGCUCCCAUCGGAGGUUGGAUCACUUGGAGACCUUGAGGUGCUCGAUCUCCGAGGCACUGAAGUUGACAAAUUACCUGAUGAGAUAGGUAGUUUGACUUCUCUAAGACACUUGGAAGUAUCCUUUUAUGGAUCUAUCAGCCCCAGUGAGUAUGCUAAGUUGCCCCAUCAAUUGAUUUCACCUGGAAUAAUAUCAAAGCUCAUUUCUUUGGAGACAUUAAGUAUUGAUGUAUACCCUGGAGAUCAGAGGUGGAAGAAAAGCUUGGAAUCCAUCACAAGAGAGGUUUGUAGCUUGACAAAGUUGACUUCUCUCUGUUUCAGUUUCCCAGAAGUGGAGCUUCUACAACUCUUUAUCCAAACCUGUACCAGAUGGAAAAACCAACUCUUAACUAUGUUCAAAUUUGUGGUUGGUGAUGAUGUCAAGCGUAUCGUGUCUCGGGUCCCAAACUUUGUGGUGCAUGAUUAUAAUCAGCAGGGCCAAUGCUUGAGAUUUGUUAACGGUGAGAAGGUGCCUGAUGUGGUUGUUGAAGUAUUAGCUCGUGCUGUUGCCUUCUAUUUGGAUCAUCACCUUAGCAUUCGCAGCUUAUCCGAGUUUGGGGUUAGUAAUAUGAGCAGGCUGAAAUUAUGUAUAUUGAGUGAAUGUCCUCAAAUUCACUCAAUCAUUGAUUGCACAGAACCAACUAAUCAUGCAUUUCCCUCUUUGGAGUAUUUGAGUGUUCAUUACUUGCCCAACUUGGAGAAUAUUUGGGAGGGCGUUAGACCUUUACCGUUUGGAAGUUUCACUAAGCUUAGAAUUCUGCUGGUGUAUGCAUGUCCAAAGCUGAAAAAUGUUUUUACAACAAGCAUGCUAUCAUGUGUCUCUAAUCUGGAAGAGUUGUUGGUUGAAGAUUGCCCAGCCAUUGAAGUGAUCACACUUGAGGAUGAGAGCAUGGAUUCUGGAACUGUUAGACUCUUGAGAUUGAAAAGGUUGACACUAAACCAUCUUCCUCGAUUGGCUAACAUUUCGGAAGGUGCUUGGCCCUCUUUAGAGUAUAUUAGCUUGUAUGGCUGCCCUAAUUGGAAGACCAUUGCUAUGAACUCAAAAGUUGAGGUAAACUGUAAAGAAGAUUAA